AUGAUAAACACAGCGUAUACAUAUGCCAGAAUAAAAACAAAACAAAAAUCAAUUUGUUCACAAUUUUAAAUAAGAUGUUGAUUAAUGUGUGAAUAGUCCUCAGUGAACGAGCUGUCUAAGUGAGCCAACUAAACGAAUAUCUGUCAAUUUGAGCUCUUGGACCCUCUUGUAAUAUGAAGCGGACUAUACACCUUUAGGAAAUCCUUUAGCAACAAAAACGAGGCACAUUAUGACAUAAAAAGGCGAAAAUAAAUUUCGGGAUCUCCCCGAAUAAUGUGUUUUCAGUAUUUGUUCAAAUAAUGAAUAUUAAAAACAUCAGAAUGGAAAGGAAAAAAGUGCUUAGUUUAAAGGAAAAAAUGGAGGUUAUAAGCGCGUAUGAUCAAAAUAAUUCACCAGUGCGUGCAUUAGCUAAAAGGUUUAACAUAGGAAAAACACAAGCUGCGCUCAUUGUUCGUGACAGGGAAACGAUUCGGUCGAGAUGGUUAUCCGGUGAAAACAUCAAUACGAAAAGAAGCUUCCUGAAUGCAGACGGCAAAAAACUCGACUCCAUGUGCUACGAUUGGUUUUGUAAAGCAAGAAGUCCAAAUACGCCAAUAUCUGGCUCAGCUAUUCAAGAGAAAGCGAAAGAAAUCGCUGCGACCCUUGGAAUUGACGACUUUGCCGCCUCUAACGGUUGGCUCCAAAGGUGGCGCAAGCGACACAACAUUAAUUCUCGAUGUGAGCCAAGAGAAUCUGCUGAUGUGAACCCAUUAGAUGUUCAUCAGUUUUUAGAAACUGAAAUUGAUAGUAGCGAUACGGUAUUUGUAAUUGACGACAACAGCAAUACGGAUACCGAUCUUGUGUCUGAAGUUUCUUGUGAGCUAAACACAGUUAAAAGCGCUUUAAUAUACAUUGCAAAUUUAAAGCAAUUUUUAAAAAACGAUCACAUCGCAUUUGAACAUUUAACUAAUUUAGAAAACCAUAUGCAAAAUAGACUCUUAAAAUUUAGGAACCUAUAAAAUUAUGAAUUACAACAUCUUAUUUUAAAACCA